GCCAGAGCAAACAAAUUUUUAAAUCAUUGGGUGGGUAAGGUUUGGGCAGCCUUGAGUCUGACUUAGCUAGGUUGAUGAUUAAGCAGGUUAGCUGUUUGUCAUGCUGAUUCCAAACACAAAUAAGGAGGCAAUGGCCUCACGGGGAGUAUUUGAAUUCCUCAUUGGAGGUCUCGCUACAUGUGGGGCUGGUUUCUUCACCAAUCCUCUAGAAGUUGUAAAAACUCGCAUGCAACUCCAAGGAGAACUCAGAGCUCAUGGGCAAUAUGCAGUUCACUAUAGAAAUGCAUUUCAUGCACUGGUGACUAUUGCAAAGAAUGAUGGGCUACUGGCUCUUCAAAGUGGCCUUGUACCUGCUCUAUGGUAUCAGUUCUUUAUGAAUGGAACUAGACUAGGGGCAUAUCAGGUGCAGGUAAAUAUGGGACUUACAAAAAACAGUAACGGACAACACAGCUUUCUUCGUAGUGUAGCAGCAGGUGCUUUUGCUGGCUGUAUAGGUGCUAUAGUUGGUAGCCCUUUAUAUAUGGUGAAAACACAUCUCCAAUCUAAAGCUAAUAAAGAGAUAGCAGUGGGACAUCAACAUCCCCAUGAGUCAAUGUCUCAUGCAAUCAAAAGUAUCUACAAAGACCAUGGGACAUUUGGCCUGUGGCGUGGCGUGAGUGGUGCCAUGGUUAGAGUGACUGUUGGUUCAGCUUCACAGCUUUCAACAUUUUCUUUCUCCAAAAACUUUAUACAGGAAACAAAGAUAUUUACACCAAAUAGUUUCCUGUCAACCUUGUCGGCCAGCAUGGUCAGUGGCAUAUUUGUUACGUUGUUUAUGACGCCAUUUGAUGUCGUCUCCACUAGACUCUACAACCAGCCUUUCACUCAAAGCGGACAUGGCGCCAUCUAUUCUGGGGUAACAGACUGUUUUUUAAAGAUAUUUCGAUCCGAAGGUCUUUGGGGCUUUUACAAAGGCUGGUUCCCUUCUUACUUAAGGAUUGGUCCACACACAACUAUUAGUCUAGUGUUAUGGGAUGAAAUCAGGAAGUUGUACAAUACCAGAACAGCUAAGUUAGUUUCAACAGAGACGUAGCAGUGUUAAGAUAGUUUCACAUGUUGGAUUAGUCUUUCCCCGGACUUCACUUGUUUAUUUCUGCUGUAGAACUAAGUUUCUCAACACUUGGCUUAAGAUAAAGUUGCUAAAGGUAACUGUUCUCUUCAAUGUAGCUAAGAUUUUUUUUACAUGUAUUUAAAUAACCAGCUUCUUUUUAAACCAAAUUAAGGAAAAGGUUAGAUAAGAUAAGAAUGGCUUUAACUGAAACUCAACAACCACAAUAGUUCCUACUAUUAAAAUUUUUAUUGUUAAUCUGAAAUUGAAUUGAUGUUAACUGUAUAUCAAACCUGUACAUUAUCUGCUAUUUAUAUAUUUUUCAUUUAUAAGGUUUUGGAUGAUAAAAAUGUGGUCACAACUGAAACAAAACACAAAAAACUUUGCUGUUGUGUGUUCAUGUGUUUGACCUUUUGGUUCCAUGUUAAUGUACCUGCAUUAUUAGUCAUGGCUGUGUUUGUUAAUUUUGCUACUACACUUAUUGUUAUCAAAUGGAAUAGCUUUUUCUUUUUUUGUGUGAUAAAACUUAUGAAUUUUAAAUCAAGUAAUAAAUACAGUGUGUAGCAUAGAUUUCCAACUUAAGGGUAGGAAAGUCAGAAAGUAUCUCAUAAAAACCAAAAGCUAUGUUAACUUUUGAUGGAUACUUGACUGUAAAUUAUAUUAGUGCAUAUGUUGUUAACAGUUGUUAACUUUGCAUCUUCCUAUGUUAGCUAAACCAUUAAGGUAUUUAGUAUGAAGUGAACAAAAGAUAUAUGUAGGCCUAUAUGCCAUAAAAUUAUAU